UGAACCCCAUGAUGUGAGUGCUUGUCUCCAGCUCAGCUCCAAAUGUGCUUGACCAUGGAUCCUGCUGAUCUGGCCCCCAACUGUUGUGGUGAUGUCCCAGCCUGGCCUCUGACCUGCCUUGUUGCUGUGGAUGUGCCUCACAGACUGGGACUGGAUCUGUGGCUGCCUGUGUAUCAUGAAGCUUGCUGCUUAACAACAGAAAUAAAGCACUCAUCAGACAGAAGCGAUGCGUCAGUGCAAAGUGGAAUUCUCAGGACUAAAGUUUAUGCGAGGCAACAACAAAAUCCACUGUGCCAUUCUCUUGGGCAACAAAGGGGGAAAAAAUCCCACCGUGUUAGCGUCUGUCAGGAUGAGUGCCAUCUUACAUCACAAAACUGCUGAUGGUGGAACAGCCUGGGCGCCGUGCACAGAAAGCUCACAGGUCACAUUUAGGUCAUCUUGUAGAACCUUCCAAGAAAGUGAGGGAAAUAGUAGGAAAACAAUGUUUAAUAGAAGUAACUUCACUACACAGUUGGACUGAAACAGGAACGGGUUCUCUGAAGCCAUGUGGUUAUGAUAUCGUUGAGAUUCCAUAAUGCCUCCUGCCGUGACAGACAGCCUUGACAUCUGGGCAGUGGAUUCACAGAUUGGUGCUGAUGGCUCAAUAUCUGUGGACUUCCUAUUGCCCACUGGAAUCUACAUCAACCUGGAUGUCCCUCGAGAUGCCACCAUAUCUCAUAUUAAACAGCUGUUAUGGAAGCAGGCACAUAGCUAUCCGCUCUUCCAUCUCCUUAUGGAGAUUGACUCUUACAUGUUCUCCUGUGUGAAUCAAACUGCUGUACAUGAAGAAUUAGAGGAUGAAACACGAAGACUUUGUGAUGUUAGACCCUUUCUUCCUGUCCUUAAACUAGUGACAAGGAAUUGUGAUCCAGGAGAAAAGUUGGAUUCCAAAAUAGGUGUCCUCAUAGGCAAAGGUCUCCAUGAGUUCGAUGCCUUACAAGAUCCUGAAGUGAAGGACUUCCGAGCUAAAAUGCGGAGAAUCAGUGAGGAAAAAAUUCAGUCACUUGUGGGUCUUUCCUGGAUGGACUGGUUAAAGCACACUUACCCACCUGAACAGGAACCUGUUAUCCCAGAGAACUUCCAAGAUAAGCUGUACAGUGGAAAUCUUGUAGUGGCCAUUCAUUUUGAUAACUGCCAGGAUGUAUUUAGUUUUCAGGUAUCUCCUAACAUGAAUCCCAUCAAGUUGAACGAGCUGGCAAUCCGAAAACGUUUGACUAUCCAUGGAAAAGAAGAUGAGGAAAUUGACCCUGCUGAUUAUGUGCUGCAAGUUAGUGGGAGGCUAGAGUACGUUUUUGGUGAUCACCCAUUAAUUCAGUUUCAGUAUAUACGCAACUGUGUGAUGAACAGGACUCUUCCUCAGCUGACUCUAGUUGAAUGUUGUACCAUAAAGAAAAUGUGUGAGCAGGAGAUGAUUGCCAUAGAAGCUGCCAUAAACCGAAAAUCAUCCAACCUUCCUCUUCCUCUGCCACCAAAAAAAACAAGAACAACAACUAGCGUAUGGGAUGUUUGCAGCCCUUUCAAGAUUACUCUGUUAAAGGGUAAUAAACUAAAUACAGAAGAAAAUGCCAAAGUUCAUGUUAGGGCUGGUAUAUUCCAUGGUACAGAGCUCCUUUGUAAAACAAUUGUAAGCACAGAAAUAUCUGGGAGAAGUGACCACGUUUGGAAUGAAGUACUAGAGUUUGAAAUAAAUGUCUGUGAUCUACCCAGAAUGGCAAGGCUAUGUUUUGCAGUUUAUGCUGUGAUGGAUAAGAUGAAAACUAAAAAGUCAACUAAGGCAAUGAAUCCCUCCAAAUACCAAACCAUUAGGAAAGCAGGAAAAGUGCACUAUCCUGUAGCCUGGGUAAAUACCAUGGUAUUUGAUUAUAAAGGACAACUGAAGAAUGGAGAAUUUGUACUGCACAGUUGGUCAUCAUUUCCUGAUGAACUUGAAGAAAUGUUAAAUCCAAUGGGAACUGUCCAGACUAACCCUUACAUUGAAAAUGCAACAGCUUUGCACAUUAGAUUUCAAGAAUAUUCAAAACAGCCUAUUAAUUACCCUCCCUUUGAUAAGAUACUUGAAAAGGCAGCUGAGAUUGCGAGAAGCAGUGACAAUGCUGCAAUGGCGGGUCGAGGUGGUAAGAAGUUUUAUAUUGUGCUAAAAGAAAUAAUGGAAAGAGAUCCUUUAUCUCAGCUCUGUGAAAAUGAAAUGGAUCUUAUUUGGACUUUGCGAUAUGACUGUCGUGAAAAUUUUCCACAAUCAUUGCCAAAACUGCUGCUGUCUUUAAAAUGGAACAAACUUGAAGAUGUUGCUCAGCUUCAGGCUCUCCUUCAGAUAUGGCCCAAGCUGCUGCCUAGAGAAGCAUUAGAAUUAUUGGAUUUCAAUUAUCCAGACCAGUACGUGAGAGAAUAUGCAGUGGGAUGUUUAAAGCAAAUGAGCGAUGAAGAGCUCUCUCAGUAUCUUCUUCAACUUGUGCAAGUCCUGAAAUAUGAACCUUUUCUUGAUUGUGCUCUCUCCAGAUUUCUAUUAGAGAGAGCACUUGCUAAUAGGAGAAUAGGACAGAUGUUGUUUUGGCAUCUAAGGUCAGAGGUUCACAUACCUGCUGUUUCAAUACAGUUUGGUUUGAUACUUGAAGCUUACUGCCGAGGAAGUGUUGCUCACAUGAAAGUGCUUGCUAAACAGGUGGAAGCCCUUAAUAAAAUGAAGACUUUAAACAGCUUAAUUAAGCUGAAUGCCAUGAAACAAAGCAAAGCAAAAGGAAAAGAUGCAAUGCACACGUGUUUGAAACAAAAUGCUUACAGAGAAGCGCUUUCUGACCUCCAGUCUCCUCUGAAUCCUUCUGUUAUACUUUCAGAACUACACGUUGAGAAGUGUAGAUACAUGGAUUCUAAAAUGAAGCCUCUAUGGAUAGUAUACAACAAUAAAAUGUUUGGAGGAGAUCUUGUAGGGAUCAUCUUUAAAAAUGGUGAUGAUCUCCGGCAGGACAUGUUGACACUCCAGAUUUUGCGUUUGAUGGACAUACUUUGGAAAGAAGCUGGCCUGGAUCUCCGGAUAUUGCCCUAUGGCUGUUUAGCAACUGGAGAUCACUCUGGCCUUAUUGAAGCUGUUUCUAGUUCAGAAACCAUUGCUGAUAUUCAGUUAAAUAGUAGCAACGUUGCUGCUGCUGCUGCCUUCAACAAAGACGCUCUCUUAAACUGGCUGAAGGAAUACAAUUUAGGAGAUGACUUGGAUCGAGCCAUUGAAGAAUUUACUCUGUCUUGUGCUGGCUACUGUGUAGCUACUUACGUGUUGGGGAUUGGUGACAGACACAGUGACAAUAUCAUGGUCAGAAAAAAUGGCCAGCUCUUCCACAUAGAUUUUGGGCAUAUUCUUGGGAACUUCAAAUCCAAGUUUGGAAUUAAAAGGGAACGGGUACCUUUCAUACUCACCUAUGAUUUCAUUCAUGUUAUACAACAAGGAAAAACAGGGAACACGGAAAAAUUUGGUCGGUUCCGCCAGUAUUGUGAAGAAGCAUACUUGAUUCUACGAAAACAUGGAAACCUAUUUAUAACACUCUUUGCACUGAUGUUAACUGCAGGGCUUCCAGAGCUAACUUCUGUCAAGGACAUCCAGUAUCUCAAGGACUCUCUUGCCUUAGGGAAGAGUGAGGAAGAGGCACUAAAGCAAUUUAAGCAAAAGUUUGAUGAAGCACUCCGGGAAAGUUGGACUACUAAAGUGAACUGGAUGGCUCACACUGUCCGAAAAGAUUACAGAUCCUAGAAGAUUUCUGGAUUUGCACUAAGAUGAAUGUUACCUUGAUAAGUGUUUUUUAAAUGGGAUCUGUAGUAUGGACCAACAAAACUUUAUUUAAAUAAGAAAGGAAACAAGGCAACAACAAAAAGAAAUGGGCUGAAAUAAUUUCUGAUUCUUUUGCACUCUGCUUCUGAAUGCUUGAUCCCAAGACUGUCUCUACAAAUAGUGAACAACAUGGAUAAUCAGUUCCUGCUGAUUUUGCACGCUGAGAGCUACUAGGCAUUUUUAAAUAUUCUUUGGUACUUUAUGGAGGUGUAAAUAUUUGUUUUAUAUGUUAGGGUAAUGUACUCUAACACACUUAGGAGGUUUGAAGACCUCUGACAGAACUGUUUUUUGUUUUAAAAUCAGGACUUGAAGAGUAAAUUUUUGUUGAUAUUCUAAUCUAGCUAAAAAUGACCAUGUGUAUAUUUUUCAUGUGAAUUCUGCCAUAGUGGCACAGAUGCAUUAAUUCUACUGUAAAUAGCAACCACAGUAUCAUUGUACUACAGGGAGCUGCUUAAUGUCUUAUACUGCUGCCGAAAGAAGAGUAGACAGGCAUUUGUAAUACAGGGGGAGGAGGUGGUGAUAAAAGGGGAGACACCUCUGAAAAUGAUGCAGCAUCCAAAUGUUCAGGGUUGCGCAGUUUUCUUCCCCUGACAUAAUACACACAAAAGUAGUCCUUCAGUAAGAGAAGGCUGGGCCAAUUCCAAACAUGUCUGAAAAUCUCCCCUUGAUAAUGGUCUCCCAUUCAGCCUCUAGGGUUUUGUUUUCAGCUCCUUAGAAGAAGAAUUUAUUUUGGGUUCAACAAGAAAUUCCUUACAGCCAUAUAUAGAAAUUCUUAUCCUCAGAUUACGUGUGCCAUGCAAAUGUACUGACUUAUAAACAAGUAUGGAAAAUUUUCAUUAAAUAUAGUACAGUGAUUUUUAGAGCAUACAAACCAAAAACCACAAUGCUUUGGAAAGCAAGUGUUUUUGAGAAAAGAUCAUUCCAUAAAACACCAAUGAAAAUCAUUAAUAUUUUCUUUCUGUAUUUAUUAAAAGCUUGCAGUAAUGUUGCUUUGCCGAGAUAUCUGUGUUGAAGAUGGUUACUGAAGAAACUGGAUAUGUUUUAAUUUAUUUAGUGAGGUACCAGGCUUUUAGGUGCUUAAAUGGAGAGCAAAUUUGUUACGUGCAAUAGGAACUGCUGGUUAAAAGAUGUAACAUACUGUUUCUGAACAUCAGCAAGGUAGACUUUAACUACUGCUUGUUCUCCAAAGAACACUGGUAGCUCUCAAUUCCUGUUGACAUUUGAAAGAGAAUUAAACAUAUAUAUUUACUUUUUGACUAAACAGUUUUUUUGCAUAGAAAUGUUGUUUUAUGUAGGAAUUUAAUUAAAGGUGGUUUUACUUUGUUGA